AUUACUCAAAUACUUAAUUAAACAACUCUCUAAACAAAAGUAAACAAACAAAUUUAUUACAAAAAUAUUGAAUUUGCUUGGAAAUGCAAAAUUUGGAGGGUUUCAUAAAUUUAAUAGAAACUGUUAAAAAAUAUCCUAAACUUUUUACAAAUACUCCACAAAAUGAUCAGGACGAGCUUCAAGAAUGGACGGCUGUAGCGAAUGAAUGCAAAAUUACAAUUUCCGAGGCACAGGAUCAAUGGAAUCUACUUUUAAUGGAAUAUGUAGAAUAUUUAAGAAACAAUCAGGAUUUUAGUUUAGCGCAGCAUAUGGAUUUUUUACAGCCUUACUUUUUUUCAAUAAAUGAUGGUGAAGCUAUUGAUGAAGAUGAGCUAUUAAAUGCCAUUGACUGUAAAAAAAUAGCCGAAAACAAUGACUCUGAUAUAGGUGAUAUAAAAAAUGAAAAGGAAAUGGUUAGAAAGUCAAUAGAACUGCAGAGUAAAGAUACAAAUGAUAAAAUGGCCUCAACAGAAAAGUUACCAACAACAUGUAAUCAAUUGACAUCAGCUAUAUCAUCUGAAACAAAUAAUCCAAGUAAUUCUUUUACAAAUUUGUCCUCACUGGAGCUAAUAUUUCUAGGUUAUGCAAAACAACUGCAAAAGAUGCCACUGCAGUUGCAGCUUAAAACAAAACGUAAAAUUGCCGAUAUAAUGGACGAAGCUGAAUUGCAAAUGAUGAGUUAAAUAUUUUUUUGUAGACUCGAAAUGGAAUUUAUCAUUUCACAUUUUUUUUACAAAUGAUGGUUGCCUGUAAGAACCCAAGAACUUUAUUUCUAAAUAAAAGAACUGUUUCGAUAAA